AUGAGGUUCUUCGCUUCCACCAUUGUUGCUGGCCUUGCCGCCACUGCGGCCGGUCAAAAGGUCAAAGUUAUGCUACUCGGUGACUCCAUCACUGAGAUCAGCUGCUGGAGACCUCUAGUAUGGACUCAACUCACCUCCGCCGGGCUGGCAAACAACGUCGACUUUGUCGGGAGCAUGAGCAAUCUCCAGGGAAAGUGCUCAAGGCCGGCAGGCUUUGACCCCAACCACGAAGGCCACUCAGGCUGGCAAGCGUACGAUAUUGCGAGGAACAACAUCGCCGGCUGGGUCCAGAGCACCAAGCCUGAUAUUGUCCAGUUCAUGCUCGGCACCAACGACGUCAACAUCGGCAAGCGGAACGUGCAGAGCAUCUUGGAUUCGUACACGACUAUGCUCAAUGCUAUGCGGGCUGCGAAUCCGAAGGUGAAGGUUAUUAUCGACAAGCUCAUCCCAACAAGCUGGAGUGACGCAACGAUCGAGGCCGUCAACAAUGCCAUCCCUGGCUGGGCACAGCAACACACCACAUCUCAAUCCCCCAUCGUCGUCGCAGAUUGCUCACGGGCUGCCGGGUUCACCAACAACAUGCUCGAGGGUGAUGGUGUCCACCCCAACAGCCAGGGUGAUCAGUUCAUCGCGAGACAAGUCGGUCCCAAGCUGAUCCAGUUCAUCAACGACGUCCAAGGCGGAUCUGGCAACCCAACCCCCACCAACGCCGUGCCAACGCCGACAUCGACACCUGCGACAACUUUGGUUACCAGCACGGCGAGCUCCCCUCAGCCGACAGGCGGAAACUGCGCUGCGUUAUAUGGGCAAUGCGGAGGUCAGAGUUUCAACGGGCCGACAUGCUGCUCGCAGGGUACUUGCAGGGCCUCUAACCAAUGGUACUCGCAGUGCUUGUAA